CACCUCGCACACCAACACGGAGCCGUGCCCGUCUCGGCCAAAUGCAACCGGCAACAGCCGAUUGCCAGACCGAAAGUUCGUAUUCCACGAGCCGAUACAUACCUGACUAGAAGGACAUCGAUCCCGCGUGAUGUUGUGCGGCCUCCAGCCUACCUCGAGCAAUCACCUCCACAGCUUCCUCCACGGUUUUCGGAGACACAGGAAUUCUAGACAACACAGGAGCGACAGCAGCGAGCCUCUCGAGAACCAGAGCGAGAUGCCUCGCCGCCACCAGCACCUCGCCAGCGUUGCCGGCUCGCCGGCCCGCCCAUCGAUCGAUUCCACAAGCUCCCCCAGGACAGACUUGUCGAUCGACUGGGAUCCUCUACGGCUGCACCCGUCUCUUGCUCCGGCCCCGUCUGCGCCGCUCCGGGAUGCCUUCAGCGAGAGCAGCUCCAGGCCGUACCUGCCACACGAGCUGCGGCUCGCCCGGUCCAGCCGAGCUGCUCACCAACCGCCGUCGUCUCCGCUACACGGCCGGAACCCGUCAUCAGAAACGGUCAUCUAUGACGGCUUCAACUUUGGCUUCGACAACAGCGACAGCAACCGCAACCACAGCAGCAACAAUAACAGCAACAACAGCAACUACCAUCCCACCCCGGCCCUGACCAAGUUCACCAACGCCACCGCUCCUCACAGCGCCAGGAGGCGAGCUCCCUCGCUGACGCCCAGCGACGCCAGCAGCGAGUGCAGCUUGACCUUCAGCGGAUCGUCGGCCGCGGACGACUCGUGGCCCGAAGAGGAGAUUGGGCCCGGCGGCGGUCUCGGCCUCGCCCCUGCGCCCCCUCCCAGGCCCAGGCCACGGCCAAGACCGCGAACUUACGACGGCGGACCCGAAGACGCCGACUACUACUUCCGGCGCGGCGGGUGGAAGAGGCGAGGCAUCGUCUUUGUCGACUCGGGCCCGACGCUCGCCGGGGAGGACGAGACGUUCGAGAUUUGAACCAUCUCUUGAUUCUUUUAUUUUAUCUUACUCGAUACCACUCUUUCGACCCUUCUUCUGUUGACUAUUGUUAUUCAUUUUUCUUUAUCGCUACAGCUGGCGAGCGUUUGCAUUUGCAUGGUACUACGGCCGGCGUUGAGGUCUCCACUACUACGGUUUCUUGGGGAGAGUGGGUUCUGGAUCAGGGGGGCCUGGAGGUCUGGGUGGGACUUUGGGUUGCAUGCAUGGCUGCGGGAAGGAACACACUUGGAUCAAGGCCCUUUUUUGCAUCGGCAUUCUCGGGGUUCUUUUGGUGGCGUUGCCGGAGUCAUGGGCUGCAUCACACUACAAUACGAUACCAUGGGCAAAAAAAAUAAAUUGUCUUCUCUUUUUCACACACACUCUCGCUCUCUCUUUCAGGCUAGCCUCUUUAACGUUGCAUGUAUCAACCUACUUCCGAGAAUUCGUGCAGCAGUUGGCGAAAUACAAGCUCGGAACAGUUUUUUUGAUCCGAUCUGAAUAAACCAAAUUCGAAACAAUC